CAUCUGAUAGUGGUACAAAUUGGCAAUCAAUCCCAUAUACCUUAGGAAUUGGAAAGAUCAUGCUGUCCCUCCUAAACAUACAUUUAGUGAUCGAAAUGCAGCUUUAUGAUGUGAAGAAGACAGAAUGAGAAGACAAAAUUAUUAAAUGUUUCUGGAUUUGACUGAAAGCUAUGCUAGUGUAAACAACAUUCUUCUCAUCAUCUUAACAAGGUCCUUCUCAUCACACAACCACAAUAUAAUUUUUUUCGAGGACAAAAAUUUUCUAGGUCGUAGUUAUGAGUGCAGCAAUGACUGCACAGACCUGCACACUUACUUCAGUCGCUGCAACUCCGUCAGAGUGGAGAGUGGCUGUUUCAUGAUCUAUGAACGUCCAAAUUAUAUGGGCCACCAGUAUUAUAUGAAAAGAGGCGAGUAUCCUGACUACCAGAGAUGGAUGGGCUUCAGUAGCUGUAUUCGAUCCUGUCGUAUGAUUCCAAUGUACAGGGGUCCUUACAGACUGAGGAUCUAUGAGAAGGCUGACUACAGCGGUCACAUGAUGGAAUUCUUGGACGAUUGCCCCUGUGUGUCUGAUCGUUUCCACCAUCGGCAUGUGUACUCCUGUAAUGUGAUGAAUGGCUACUGGAUCUUUUAUGAAUAUCCCAACUACAGAGGGAGGCAGUACUUCCUGAAACCUGGGGAAUACAGGAGAUACCGAGACUGGUGUGCUACCUGCGCCAUUGUGGGCUCCUUCAGACGAGUCACUGAUUUUUAGCCAUUCUGCUUGCACUUCUUUAUAUGAACUGUUCAUUUACUGGUUAUAAGCAUUACUGUUUAUAAACAUAUAUUACUUCUUAUGCCUGAAUAAAAAGUAAUACAAUUAUGUU